AUGGGUGUCAAAGGUUUCGUAGAAGGAGGCAUCGCUUCCAUCAUCGCGGGAUGUUCCACCCAUCCACUUGAUUUAAUCAAGGUCCGCAUGCAGCUCCAGGGAGAAACCAACGCUCCCAAACCGGUUCACAACCUCCGACCCGCACUCGCCUUCCAAACCGGGUCAAACAUCCAUGUGGCAGCGGUUGCGCAGCCCCGCGUGGGCCCCAUCGCGGUCGGCGUCCGCCUCGUCCAGCAAGAAGGCGUUGCCGCCCUCUUCUCCGGCGUCUCCGCCACCGUCCUCCGCCAGACGCUCUACUCCACCACUCGCAUGGGCCUCUACGACGUCCUUAAGACCAAGUGGACCGACCCCGCCUCCGGCACCAUGCCUCUCGGCCGGAAGAUCGGGGCUGGUCUCAUCGCCGGCGGCAUCGGUGCCGCCAUCGGGAACCCUGCCGACGUCGCCAUGGUCAGAAUGCAGGCCGACGGGCGACUCCCGCCGGCGCAGCGGCGCAACUACAAGUCUGUCGUCGAUGCCAUUAUGCGAAUGGCACGGCAAGAGGGCGUUACUAGUCUGUGGAGAGGCUCAUCGCUUACGGUGAACCGCGCCAUGCUCGUGACCGCGUCGCAGCUCGCGUCGUACGACCAGUUCAAAGAGAUGAUUCUGGAGAGGGGCGUGAUGCGCGACGGGCUCGGGACCCACGUCACGGCGAGCUUCGCGGCGGGUUUCGUGGCGGCUGUGGCGUCGAACCCCGUGGACGUGAUCAAGACCAGAGUGAUGAACAUGAGGGUGGAGCCCGGGCAGACGCCACCCUACGCCGGCGCGUUGGAUUGUGCUCUGAAGACUGUGCGCGCGGAGGGACCCAUGGCUCUCUACAAGGGUUUCAUUCCCACGAUCUCGAGGCAGGGACCCUUCACUGUUGUGCUGUUCGUGACGCUGGAACAGGUUCGCAAGUUGCUUAAGGAUUUUUGA